UCUAUUCAACAUGGAUCCCGAACUCUCUUUUCCCUUUACGAAGCCAAAUUAGCAAUUGACAUUGUUUAUCAUUCUUUUGUGUGUGUAACAAGGAAAGGUGCGCGCAUUAUUCACGCAAUUCUAAGUUUUCUGUUCAUUUUGCGAUAGUCUAGGCUUCCGACAACACGCACGCUUCGCGUGAAGGCUCGGCUUCGCUUAUCUGAAACAGUUCCAGAAGGAUGGUGUUUCUUAAAGCCUAGCCUAAUAACCAUAGACAGAGGAGGGAAGGUUCGGCGCUUGCGAGCAGGCAGCGCUACCAGCCUAGCAGUGGUCAGGGAGAAAUCUAGAUAUACCACAGGAAUUUGCAUGAAAAAAUGGAAGUCUGCUAGGGAUCUAAUUCUGAACAGUAUUAUUUGGAUAUAUUUACUUGUGCUACCCUUUUAAAUCAAAAUUUCAAUAUUAGAUUUACCAGAUUCCAAAUGUGCUAAUUUCGUUUUUCAAGAAUGGAGGUGUAAUUGCAGUUCUGCUGUUCGCAGAUCUAUUUUUGUCUAGUUUAAAUUGUGUGCUGGGUGGACUAAUGUUGGAAUCAAAAUUCUGUUGGAAUAUGUUUCGGUCGGAUAGGUCUCUAUGUUUUGUGAGAUGGACGCUCGGAGGUGAAUAUUCUAUGUGUGGCCUUCAGCUCGAAGCCGAAGGCUUAAGAAACCAGGCAAUGGCUUAGGUGCAAUAUGCAUUCCAGAGAAUCGAACCACUGUUUCACUAUCUUAAUGUUGCGUGAAAUUAUGUUUUGCUGAGUCAAAUGACUAUUCUGUACAUGGUCAGGACAUAAAGGGACUCAACUCUUGACAAGCUUGAGUGGCUUAAACUCCAAUCAAAAAUUCACAACAACGCCCGGAAAAUCUUUUUCUUCCACUUUUGUGAGUCCCGCCCAAAAGCCAAGUUGAGGCUACAGGAUCAGGUCAGGAACAGGAUGGCACACAGGCACAACAGCAGCAGGAGGACCGACUCGCUGCCUACGUCUGUGGCCAGUCCACAAGGGAAUGGUCAGCAUACCCACGAAGACAACCCAAAUUACCUGGUCUACAAAAAGAUGGAAAUGAUUAUAGACCGGAUGCAGGAUGAGACUACUGGGGUGCCUGUGCGGACUGUGAAAAGUUUCAUGUCCAAGGUGCCGAGUGUUUUCACAGGUCAAGAUCUAGUGGGUUGGAUGAUGCGUAACUUAGACAUAGAGGAUCAAGUGGAAGCCUUGCACCUGGCACAUCUCAUGUCUUCGCACGGUUACUUCUUCCCAAUUGAUGACCAUGUUCUAACGGUCAAGAACGACAAUACAUAUUAUCGCUUCCAAACUCCUUGCUUUUGGCCUUCAAGAUGUGGGGAACCAGAGAAUACAGAUUAUGCUGUGUAUUUAUGCAAGAGGACAAUGCAGAACAAACAAAGACUCGAGCUGGCUGACUACGAGGCAGAAAACUUGGCCAGGCUACAGAAAAUGUUUUCUAGGAAGUGGGAGUUUAUAUUUAUGCAAGCAGAGGCUCAAGCAAAGGUGGAUAAAAAACGUGAUAAGUUGGAACGGAAAGUUCUAGACAGCCAAGAAAGAGCGUUUUGGGAUGUACACCGGCCUGUGCCUGGGUGUGUGAACACAACAGAAGUGGACAUCAAAAAGGCUUGUAGGAUGAAUCGGCAUCCGAAAACGAGCAGGCCUAAUUAUGCAGUACCAGGAGGAAGAAUAAGUCCCAGUGUGUCUGAAGCUGAUCUCCAUACUCCUGCAGAUUCCAUACGGCAUGAGAUUGAUGUUUUAAGACGAAAAUUAGAGAAAAGACGGGUAAAAAUUUCAAAAGUUGUAGAAUGUUACAUAGCUUAUUACCAGCAAUAUGCAGAAUUUGAUGCCUUUAUAACAAGUCCAGACACUUCCAAUCCCUGGGUCUCAGACAGCACGGAAUUCUGGGAGCAGGAGAAAACAAUGAAUCCUAGAGAAAUCCCCCAACGCCGUGUGAAAAGAUGGGCUUUCAGUAUCGAGGAACUACUUUAUGACCCUGCGGGCAGAGAACAGUUUAGCAAAUUCCUAGACAAAGAAUUUAGCGGAGAAAACUUGAAGUUUUGGUUGGCGUGUCAGGAACUUCGAGGUCUAGCAAUGAGAGAAGUCAACAAAAAAGUCCAUGAAAUAUUUAGUGAGUUCUUAGCUCCAGGGGCCCAUAAUCCAGUGAAUGUGGAUUGUCAUAUUAUGGAAUUGGUUCGGAGGCGAAUGGAAAAUAAUCCGACCCGAUUUGUAUUUGAUGAAGCCCAGGACCAUAUAUUCAAAUUGAUGAAAAGUGAUAGCUACACACGUUACUUGCGGUCUGACCAGUACAAAGAAUUUCUGUGCGGCACCAGAAAGAAAGUGCGGGCAUCUUCUAUUCCUCUGAUCCUUUUCUUAUUUCCAGCAGGUAGUUUAGAAUGUAGUGCUUCUAAAUGUUUAGUUAAGUGAAGGGCUACACAGUUGACAGAAAUAAUGAUUCCCUUUUUCAAUAUAUGCUACUGUAUAGUCAGAGCCACUGAGCUUAACCUUAAGAACAACACAGGCCACAGUUGACAUUAGAAAUAAUGAUUCCUCCCUUUUCAAUAUCUGCUGCUGUAUAGUCAAAGCCAAUCAGCUUAACCAUAAGAGCAAUACAGGCCACAGUUGACAUUAGAAAUAAUGAUUCCUCCCUUUUUUUCAAUAUCUGCUGCUGUAUAGUCAAAGCAAAUCAGCUUAACCAUAAGAGCAAUACAGGCCACAGUUGACAUUAGAAAUAAUGAUUCCUCCCUUUUUUUCAAUAUCUGCUGCUGUAUAGUCAAAGCCCCACAUACAGGCCACACUGUUACAAAGGAAAUAAUCCUACAAAACCUGAACAUGACUUAGAAGGAAAUAACAUGUAUAGAUCUAAAAAAAAAAAAAGUCUGUAUGGUUUUACUGCCAGUAGAAUCCAGGCUUAAUGACAUUAGUAGGUUGGUUACAAUUAUUUUGGGCUCAUUACUAGCACCUUUUCUUUGGGAUAACUGGCGAGAAGAAAGAUACUACUAUUACAACAAAAAAAAAAAAAAAAAAAAAAGCCUUUUUUAAUAGCAGAUUCAUUUUUAUAAAUUAACAAUUGGAAGUCUUUCGGACAUCAGUUGUACAAAUCUGCUUAUAGAACUCCAUCUUUGUAAUUUCAUGCAAUGCAACUGUUAGUUCGCAGAUGUAAAUACAAUGUGUAGAUAGAGGUCAACGACACACCCACACACACACAUAAACUCAUACGUCAAGGUCCCCAUGUUCUUCAGGUCAUAUCUGUGAUACUUUUGUUACCACUGUCAACCGUAGACUGCUGCUUGCUUUUUUAGAAAAGAAUGUCCGUUCCUGUGUCUUAUAAUCUGUUGUACCUGGUGAAUGUGCAUUCUGUCCUAGUUGGGCCUUGCCAGUGCAUGUCUACUAGUACAAUUCAAAUGUUCUUUCAUGUGGGUGAACAAAUUUACCUUUUUUUUCCCCCCUUAUGAAUAUACGCAAUUUGGAAAUAAUUAUACCUAUAUAUAUAUAUAUAUUGAUAUGUAAAUGUUUAUGUUGAAAUGUUUUUUUUUUAAACUGUUCUCUAAUCAAUGAUAUUGACCAUCACCUGUAGUUUAAACCAAAACUUAGUACUGAAAGCCUACAUAGAUUUACAUUAUAUUAAUUUUAACAAUUUGUCAUAGAAAAUAGUGAUGAAGCCCAUUACAAAACAUUAAUUUCAUUUGCAGAACCCCUAUUCAUUGUAUAGAUAUAAUUUGACAUUUAAAUUAGCUUACCUAAAUAUAGGAUUAACUAGAUUUAAAAAUAUUCAAUUAAAAAUUAACUUAGACGUGUAGAAAUAUGUGGAAAAAAAAAUUGUAAGAAUUUUAAAGGCAGUUUCUUAUGCCAUAUUCUAGGACAGAUUCAUAUAGGUGCUCUUUUGUUCCUAAUUUCAUUAAAGCAUAGUUGCCUUACACGGCCAGGAAUAUCUUAUUAAACAUGCACAUAUAGGUAAACACAUAAGGGACAUUUCUUUGGUUUGUACAAACAUCCAUAAUUUAUAAAAUAUUUAGUUUACAAGGCUUCCAAUUGACCUUUUCACCUCCAUUGUUCCACACUGAAUUGUCUAGGAGUUUCCUGUCGGUGUAAACCAAUCUUGCAUGUCUGCAUCUUGCUUGUGUUGUUAGACUCACAUCUGCUCCAUUCAUUGCCCUUGACCUCAAGUAUGUUUUAGCCAGAGGUCAAGGAUUUAGGUCAAGUGUAAUGACCUUCAUGCUAUUAUUUCUAAUACACUUUUUUUUUCUUUUUUAGACCAAUGACUCAGUCACUUAUCAAUUCUAGUAAGAUACGUCUUCCAGGUGUCAAAAUCAACAUUUUACAUAUCAGACUUUUUUUUUUCUCCCUAAACUUGAAUUCUAAAUGAGAUUGUUACUUUCAAAUGCUAUUUACUUAUUGUAGCAACACUUGACCUAGAUGCCACAGUUUUGUACACAUGAUAGUGUUCUGAGACUCAACACGUUUCUCACCAUUUUGUUUGAUUUUUUUAUUUGCUUUAUUUGUUUUUGUUAUUUUUUUAUUUUUUGUUAAUGAUUUUUGUUUUGUCAUUUGAUACUUGAUAAGGAUGGCAUCUGUCCCCCCGCCCCACGAAAUUGUCCCAAGUUGUUCUGGCUGAGGGCACUUUGACUUGUACAAAUAUUCUCUAGUGCUGUAUGUAUAUGUCAGUGACACUGAUAGAUGGUUAUUAUCAUAAUGUUGAAUAUUGAGGACUUUGAAAUAAAAAAAACAUUUUUGAAAGUUGAGCUUUCUUGAGUUCUGACAAUUGUGACAUUUUCUUCUCAACAUAUAUAGGGGUCAGGAAAAUACCCAUUUCCUUGGGAGCUCUUAUAGAAGUCUUCAUAGUAAACCAUUUGUAAUAUCUCCACCAAUUUGAUCAAUAACAAGAUGACAAAGAGAACAAUAUAUUGUAAUGCACUGUCUUUCACCUCACAAUCACAUCGCUAACUGCACCACAUCUAAUCAGUCGCACAGUUCUUAACCCUUUUUUGGACUAAAACCGCUAGACACCUAAAUUUCUGCUUUAAUUGUGAAGAAAAAAAAUGUCUGACUAUAUCACUAAUACAAGGUUAGUAAAAGAAAAAUAUUCAAAAACUCAAAAGUUUUAUCUUAUUCAAAAAUCAACUGCUACAUCUGUGUUGCCCACAAUUAAAAAUGGUUUUAUCGAUCGAGACAAGAACUUUUUUUUUUGUAUCGCUAUUACCUCUUCAAAGUUUUAUGCUCAGGCUUUGUUGUCAUUUGUUUCAAACGUGUUUGGUUUUUUUUUUAAGCUUUUUUUAGCUGCUGCCUAAAUUAGCUGCUGCCUAAACAUGUAAUCUCUUCAAUGAAUGUCUACCAAAUACCACUUUCUAGUCUGAUGUGCAAUGAUAUAUCCUAUUCUAAAUGUGUAUGGACCGUGUGGAAUUUAUAUACUUUGCUAUGCACCUUAUUAAAUCAAAACCCGAUGAAGAAUACAGAACACUUUACGUACAUUUGUUUCAUAGAUCUUUUUAAUGUUUAGUAUCAGUCCUAAGUUUAUAGAUUUGAAAGAAAAGUUACAAAGAUCCUUUGAUCUUUUUUUUUUUAGUUAAUUUUUUUUUAAAGUCUUAAAUUUGAACAGCUCUCUUGAAACUAUUCUCAUGUUUAACCACUCUUUCUAAUCUUUAUAAUGUAUACAUGUGAAUAUAUUUUUUUUUACUAUCAGGUGGACUUUUAUUUAUAAUUGUAUCUUUAGUAUUUUUUUUAUAACGUUAGUUGUUUUUUUUUUAUUCUUUCCAAAUAUAAGUUGUUGUUUUUUUUCUAUACAUUGAUCACCCACAUAAAGAACAUUUGAAUGUUCAAGUCUGUGUGGAAGCUAGAUGAGCAAAACUUUUUUUUUUAUAUAGAUCAUGAAGUAGUUAAAGUAACUCAGAAGUAGUUUGAACUGGACAAUACCGGAGCAUGCUCAAUACAUUUGCUGUAUCAGACUGGCAUGAUGAAAACAUAGCAUAGCAUGGUCCCGUGUAGUGUCAGCAGAAGUUGAUUAAAUGCCUAAAAAGAAAACAUGUAAACUUAAAAUUAAAGAAAAAAAAACCCCAGAAACUCAAAUGUGUCACAUUACCUUGAUGAACACAUAUGUGAAUGCCAACUCUUAUGACAUAAAUUAGAAAGCAAAAAAACUGUUGGGAUGAAGAAAAUAAAUGGUUUCUCCCUAGAGACAAGUUAUUUGUCCAAGAACAUGUGUACAUUAUAAAUGAUCUGAUAGGAAUACUUCCUGGAUUAAGAGAAAGAUAGUUUUAAGAAUUGUUUUGUUUCUAACAGAAACCUUUUGCAUCUUGUCUCUUUAUUUUCUCUCUCUCAAAAUUUGCAGAGCAAAAAACGGCUGGAAAUUAGAAAAGUCUAAUAGGAAUUAAGGGGCCCGCAUUUAUGUAGCUGUAUAGAAAUGUGGUUGGUACUGAUAUUAUCAUUUCCCCUCCAAACUCUUCCCUUUGUCUGCGGUGAAGACUUCUGGAUACCUAAUGUGGAAGAAACUGCAGCAAGCCAGGAACAUCCCUCACUGAAGACAGGAAGUCACCUUACCAAGCGGCUGUGAUAUCGUCAACCAUAUCUACAUUUUAUGUCCAUCUUUUUUUUUUUUGUCUUGUUUUAUACACCUAGAUCUAGAUUUUUUUAAAAAUAAGUUUUGUGCAGUGGGCAAUUACAUUGUAGACCAGACUUUGCAGACAGUGAACUGAUGGCUUUGUAACAAGUCAUUCUAAAAAGAGUCAUUAUUGAAGUUGUUUUCUAGAAAGCAGAAUUAAGUUAAUAAGUCACUUCUUCAUGACUAACAAGUUUUGUUUUUAUUUUAUUGUUAACUUUCUCUUGAUAACUGAUGUCAACUAGGAAACAUUUCACUAUAUUAUUGAUAUGCUGAAACUAUUGGUGGUGAAAUGUUGUCAACGUUCAUCAUCUGUAGCUAGACUUUUUCUAACUUAAAGCCAAAUGUGCAAUAUAUGAAUGUUAUUUAUAAAGACCAUAGAAAAAAUUCUUUUCUGAAUGCACUGUCAAUUAUUUCAAUGAACUUGAAAAAUUAAAAGUAAAAAAAAAGGCCCUUGCCAGGGUGUGUCUGCUGCCCACUGAGAAGUAGCCUACAUUUCCCUUGCCUUUUUUUUUUGUUGUGACAUGCCAAAAUUAUUAUUUUGAGUUUUGUAAGAAUUGGCUUGCUUGUAGAAUGGUUUGUCUUUGAAUGCUGCCAUAUUUUGUUUUUCUAACUUAUCUCAUUAACAUAUUCAGCCAUUUUUGUUGGUGCAAAUGUUUUACUGUAUGAUCUUUGAAACACAACGACAGUCAUCUGAGAUCCUGUUGGGGCAACAUGAACUAAUGUUAUUUAUUUUCCAUUGUCUGGCUUGUCUCAAUCUAGUUCAGAAUACUUUUCAUUUGGGUGUCACUUUUAUCAUUUUUUUAAAAGUAAUUAUAUAUAUACCGUAUGUAUAUAUACCCAUUUUUUUUUUAAAUUAACAAAUUUAAGCUAGUAAUGGUGUUAAAAUAUUGAUAAUAAGUCUGAUAGCAUCUUGUGAUGUAUGAUAAUUAGGAAGCGUCUUCGAUUCUGAUGGAAGAGUGCAAUAUUUCACAUGACCAGUCGUGACCUGCAUUAUUUGUCACAUCUAAUGCAGACAAAGCCGUUGUCCGCUGUGUAUCAUGGCUUUACACAGAACUUUUUUCUAAUAGACCUUGGAUGUCAAGGCUCGUGCAUCUGCAGUUGGCCAACCAAUGUUUCUGUUCAAAUCAAUGGUGUCUAGUGCACAUCGAUGGUGUUUGUAGUUCUCAUUGUUGGUCUAGUCCACUAUUCUUAUCAAAACUCAGUGACAACUUUUUUUACAAUAUGAUAUUUAGUUUUUAUUUUGGUUCAUGUUAAGUUUCUCUUGAUUUGUCUACAAAAUUCUCUGGUAUUCAUGUGAGCUGCAUUUUUGUUCAUGCAGUUCUAGAUAAAAAUUUGCAUUAAUCUAUUUUAAUGACUCAACAAUUAGAGAAAUUCCUUUUGCAUGAAGUUCAAGGGAGCUAAUAACUGAUCUGAAAACUGCUGUCUGAUUACAUUCUGGCUGCUGGUGUGUCAAUUUCACUCUCAAAAUGUUCUUGAGAAAAUGAUUGAAUUGAGAUUGAAUUACUGUUACAUCAAACCUUUGUCCAAAAGCACAAAUACAUUGAAUCUUUGUUUACUAUUUGCCUGAAUUGAAUGACCCGCCAUCAUUUUAUAUUGUUACAUUGAUCACAACUAUCUGUGUAGUGGACUACACACUUUACAUAAUGUGCUGCAAUGACCUCAUUUUUUUUUUUUUCAUCAUGGUGACCUUUUAAAAGUUUGUUUUUGUCCUGGAAUACUACUGUCAGCUGAAGUACUUAGCGGAUGCCACAGCUGCUGGCCAUGAGGGGAGGCAUUGAUCAUCUAGAAAUGUUUCUUUUACUUGACAAAUUUUGAACUAAGUCAGCUUUUGAUUUAACACAUCAAUUGUAUGUAUGUAUGUCUGUCUGAGUGCAGUGACUUUUGUAAUCACUUUGAAAUCUCUUGGUGAUAUUAGCAUAAUCCGGCCAUGGUGACUUAACAUUAUAAUACAAACUUUUCCAAUUUACUUUAAAAAAAAAAAAAAAGGUCAAUCCCAUAUUUGUCAAAAAGAAUGCAAUAAGUGAUCUGUAUGUGUGUGUGUGUGAGUCAAUGGGUCUCUCAAGUGGUAUUGACUGAUCUGUGGCUUCAGUGUUUUGUCUACAUUAUGUAUCCAUUGGACUGUUUCUAAUAUGUAAAUCAUAGUUUAACAAAGAUGUCAUUAUCUCUACACCAAGGAAACGGAAGAGUUUGUCUGUAGCACCACCAUGUUGCCAGUCUAGUUUGUGAAUGUGGCCAAAGUGAGUGAGUGACUGACUGCCAGAAUGGAGUUUGGCCUUACAUCAUUCUUUGAUUUUUUUUUUUUAAAUUGUAAAUACAAUUAGAUGUCAACCAAAACCAAUAAAUGAAAUUGUACUUCAUUUUUUUUUUCUUUUAAAUUAACAGGUUUUUUUGUUUUGUUUUUUUUUAAAAAAAGGUUUUUGUGAUAUUUUCGUGGAAGAGAUUUGUUAAAAUGUCAGUCUUAGUAGACAUUGUAUGCAUCAAGAUCUAGUGAGUAGUCCUUGUACAGCAUUGAUAGUUUUAAGAACUGGUCGUGAUAGAAUAUUGAUAGUCCUAAAACUGGUCCUGUGAUAUCGAACAUUGAUAGUCCUAAGAACUGGUCGAGAUAGAAUAUUGAUAGUCCUAAGAACUGGUCCUGAUAAAACAUUACUAUUCCUACGAACUAGUCCAAGAAUGACUAAUAGUGUAGACCUUCAUUUUCAUUUUAAAUAGUAAAUUACAAUACAAAUAGAAGUCAAAAUUUUUAAAAAGUUUGAAAUGCUACAGAAAUAAACAAGAAGCCUACUUGGAUCUUUGUUAUAACUUUAUUCAAAUUUUUACAUUUACAAAGACAUAAAAAAAGAAACAACUAAAGACAACAUGUCUGUAAGGUCAUAGUUUAUUGAUACAUUUUUUAUAUAGCAGUUAUUAACAUUAGAAUGCUAAAAGUUUUUAAAAAUAUUCACAUAAUUUGUUUUAUAGUUACAUUCUAUGUCGAAAAAAAAAAAAAAAAAAAGAUUACAAUUGUGAAUGAGCA